AUGAUCGGUCAACAGGCGAUGUUCAGAUUACCAACAGAAAACUCCGAGACAGCCACAAAAAUUAGCUUCAUGAUAGCAGAAGCCAUUGCCAAGCGAAGCAAACCCCUAUCAGACGGAGAAUUUGUCAAGGAAUGCUUGGAGAUGUUUGCAUCGGUAGCGUGUCCGGAGCAAGAAGCAUUAGUUAAAAAUAUAAGCUUGUCACAUCAAACCAUAGCAAGAAGAAUUGAUGACAUGACCAAAGAUAUUGAAUCGUCUUUAAAAACGCAAUUGAAGAAAUGUGUUUUUUACAGUUUCGCGCUCGACGAAAGUACUGAUGUAUCAGAUACCGCACAGUUGGCAGUUUUUGUAAGAGGGGUAACAGAAGACUAUACCGUGAUCGAGGAAUUGCUUGAUUUGCGUUCAAUGAAAGAUACAACCACCGGAAAAGAUAUCUACGAAGAAGUAAAGAGUUGCAUAGAAAAAUAUGAACUACGAAUCGAAAAUCUUUGCGGAUUGACUAAAGACGGUGCGCCAGCAAUAACAGGAAGAACAAGUGGUUUUGCAGCUUUAAUGUGCAAGAACGUCACACAUACAAUCAUACAGCAUCAUUGUAUUAUUCAUCAAGAACAGCUGUGUGCAAAAGUACUUGAAUUGAAACACGUGAUGGAUAAAGUAGUGCAGACAGUUAAUUUUAUACGUGCAAGAGGACUGAAUCACAGACAGUUCCAGGCUUUUCUGUCUGAUGUCGGUUCAGAUCACGAAGACAUCGUGUACUUCAGUAGCGUUCGCUGGCUCAGUAGAGCAUCCACACUUAAACGAUUCUAUUCGUUGCUCGACGAAGUAAAGAUUUUUCUUGAAAACAAAGGUCAAGAAAUUGAUUUCCUAACUGAUGAGCAGUGGUUGGCUGAUCUGGCCUUCCUGGUUGACAUUACUAAGUACCUCUCUGAUCUUAACUUAAAACUGCAAGGAAAAGAUCAAUUAUGCACGCAGUUAUAUGAACACAUUCAAGCUUUCACAAAGAAGCUCAUUUUGUUAGAAAAACAACUGGAACAAAAACAGUUGGUUCAUUGGGAGACUCUAUCUGCCAGAAAUCAAGAAAUGUUGGACUUAGCCAAGUACGUUUCAUUGUUGCAAAGAUUGAGGAAUGAGUUUGAAGAGAGAUUCGUAGACUUCAAAUUACAAAUUCCUAACAUGAAAGUGUUCCAAAAUCCGUUUGAAAUUGAAAUUGAUGGUGCUGUGCUGAACUUACAGAUGGAAUUGAUUGAACUGCAAAGUGACUCUCUUCUAAAAACGGCAUAUCAAAGUUGCCUUCCGAACGGAUUAAUUGAGUUUUAUAAAAAAUAUAUUAAUCGGAACCAAUACCCAAACCUUACCAAAUUAGCUCUUCAACAAAUAUCUUUAUUUGGUAGUACAUAUAUUUGCGAGCAGCUUUUUUCUCGCAUGAAAUAUAAUAAAUCGAAAACGAGAUCAUCUUUAUCAGACAAUCAUCUGACAGGCAUUCUGCGCAUAGCUACUUCUAAAAUACCAGCUGACAUAGAUACACUGUGCAAACAGAAAAAAUGUCAAACAUCUCAUUAG